GCUCCAGAUCGCUCUCAAUUUUCUCCCUGGUACAUACAGUUCGUGCAUUUUUGAAUUAACGGUGGAAAUUUCAACGAAUGCGUUACGCGAUAUAAUCGCACGUAUUUUCUUUCAAUGAUUAUGUAAUUGUCGAAUAUAAGUCGUAACGAGGAAGUGUACUCGCGACAACCCGUCGAAAUAUCGAAUGAUCGAAGUACAUGUGCAAAAUGUUGAGGGGAAUAGUUAAAAUCGUACGCUAUCGAUUGAAGGUCUGAUUGGUUAAAGCAGUGUUAAUGCGAAUAUGGCCGCUCUGCCGUCACCUACGCAGGUGGCUGGAAGCCAUACUGCAAUAUACGAAGCUUAUUAUAAUCAGAUUGAUCCAAAUGGAUACGGACGAAUUGAGGCAAUGGACGCUGCGAGAUUUCUUAAGAAAUCCCAGCUAAGCGACGUUAUUCUAAGUAAGAUUUGGGACAUGGCUGAUCCACAGUCGCGAGGCUCCUUAGACAAAUCUGGCCUUUUCGUUGCUCUAAAGCUGUGUGCGUUGGCCCAAACAGGAAAGGAUUUAAAUAUGUCAAAUUUAAACCUUGAAUUGCCACCACCGAAAAUGGGAGACGUCCCAGUCAUUCCACAGAAGACUGUUGCCAAUACUCUACCUGUAAUAACCUCUGUUAGCAAUGGCGAUUGGUCAAUUAAUCCUACGGAGCGAGCGAAAUAUGAUCAGCUUUUCGAUAGCUUACAACCGUCUAACGGAUAUAUAUCUGGAAAUAAAGUAAAGGGUGUUCUCAUGGAUAGUAAGCUUCCCUUGGAUACUCUCGGGAAGAUUUGGGAUCUGGCGGACAUGGACAAGGAUGGUAUGCUAGAUAGACAUGAAUUUGUAGUUGCCAUGCAUCUUGUAUAUAAAGCAUUGGAGAAAUACGCGAUACCAAGUAUCCUACCACCGGAAUUAAUGCCGCCUGGCAAAAGAAAAGAUAUAAUGCCCAAGGCUGCGUCUCCCAUACCAAUUAGCAUAGCAACGGUAUCGGUAUCACCGUCGAUUCCACCUUUGUCAAAUGCGACGACUAUUAAGAGCUUGACUGGAUUAGACGCUGUAAAAACUACCGCACAAGUGUGGGUGGUUUCGGCCGAGGAUCAAAUAGUCUCGGAGAAAUUGUUUUUGCAAGCCGACAUGGACAGAGAUGGAUUCGUUUCGGGUACGGAAAUCAAAGACGUCUUCCUGCAAAGUGGACUUCCGCACACUGUAUUAGCCCAUAUAUGGAGUUUAUGUGAUACUCAUCAAAGUGGAAAAUUGAAUAAGGAACAGUUCGCCAUAGCUAUGUGGCUUAUAAAACAAAAACUCAAUGGCGUGGACCCCCCAUCAAAUUUGACUCCUGAAAUGGUGCCGCCUUCUCUGCGCAAAGCUGGGGAAACCAUUGUGGAAAACAACAACAUAUCAGGUUAUUCAAAUCCAGAAUUGAACAUGAUAAGUAGAGACAUAGCGGAACUUGUACGCGAGAGACAAAGCAUGGAGCAAGACAUAGCGCAAAAGGAAGCUGACAUUAAAAUAAAAAACGGAGAAAUUAAAAGUCUCCAGAGCGAAUUAGACACGCUCGCAGCGACUCUGAAACAGCUUGGGAAUCAAAAGGGUGAGGCUCAGAAAAGAUUAAACGACUUGAAGGCGCAGAGGGCUGAAGUAGAUAGAGAUUUAAGUGAAAUCGAAAAGAAGAUUCAGGGGGAACUGAAGAAGGUUGAUAAGCUGCGACAACAAGCUGAGGAACAAGAAUCGGUGUUACGGACUCAGGAAGAGGAAUUAAAUCUGAAAAGACAGGAACUCGAGGGAUUGCGGCAGGAGGAACAGCAAUUAGAGCUUCAACAGAAUAAGAAUAGGGACCAAUUAAGUGAACUCACGAAAAAGUUGCAAGACACUCAACUGGAAAUCUGUCAGGCGAAAGCGAAGAUCACUCAUUUGCAGGAACAGCAACGCCAGAUGAGCGAUGCCAUCGCGCUUUAUGACUCUGCGCUUGCUGCGGGCGACGUAAACCUUGUACCUGAUACUAGUCUACAGUUUGUACCCGAGAUUGAAGACAUAGCGUAUGAAACAAAAAAUCCAAAUGAAACAAAGGAGAGGCAAGCGGAUAGUUUUUCUGAUGCGACCGGAACCAAUGCUUCGGACGCAUUUGGAGAACAGGAUCCCUUUGCGACAAGUAAAGGCAAAGAGGCGUUUAGUGCACCAGCAUCUGAUCCGUUCGGAGCCGCAUUCUCUACAUCGUCGAACGAUGGUUUUGCAACAGAUCCUUUCACCGCGUUUGACAAUACCAAUGUAGCAGCGAAACAAGAUCCUUUCGAUCCGUUUAAUAACGGAAAACGAAUCGAGGACAAAACGUCCUUAACUGCUACGUCAAAUGCAAAGGAUCCAUUCGGAGACGAUCCUUUCGCGAAUCUCCACGCUCCUCCGCGUCCCGAGAGUCCUAGUCCAGCUCUCCCACCGAAGAAAGCGAAACAACCACCGCCACGACCGGCUCCACCGCGACCUACGCAAGGACCUACUGGCCUAUUAAGAGCAGCGCCGGCUCCUCCGACACCUUCACCCACCCCGGAUCCAUUCAUGAACACAAAUUCGGAUCCAUUUAGCGCUCAACAAAUAAUGGAUAACAAUAAUCUAAAUUUCACAUCGUCCACCGGAUUUGCUGAUUUCACUAAUUUUGAUUCCAAGCCGGAACUGACGUCCAAUCGGACGACUCCGCCAAGACCAACGAGUAGGACCCAUGCAGUAUUGGAGCAACCGAAGCUAUCGGACUUCACGGAGGAUCCUUUUCAGGAUUAUCGUUACGAAGAUCCCUUUAACAUAACGGAUCCGUUUGCCGAUGAGGCGGACGAUAAUGCGAACGCGAACAAGAGUAGCGAAGUAGGCAAAACCGACCCUUUUGGUUUCGAAACAAUUUCCACUUUCUCGAACAAAAACAUUCUGGCUAAGUCCUUCGACAGCGACUUUUCCAACACUUUUCCGCUCGCUAAGGGAAAGGUCGAAAAAGGAAGUACAAACAAGUUCAAUACUGACUUCGGGAAGGCGCUCUCCCCCAAUAACAAGAAUGUUCGAAGCGUCGAAAUUGAUUUCUCCCAGACGUUCGACAAUAUCAAGACGAUGAAGACAACUGAUCUCGAUGAAGCAUUUUCGACUAAGACUAACGCAAAAGCUAUUAUAAAGCACGAGUCAGACGUAGAACGCACUUCAAAAUCUAAUGCUAUCUAUAACGAAGCUCACGAGAAGCUCACUAACGAUUUCGAGAAGAUGUGGAACAGCAAUAACGUGACGAAUCUGUCGGAGGAGGAGCAAGUGGCGUGGGCGGAGAAGCAAAGUAUGAAAAUGGAAGAGGAGAGGGUCAAGCGUAAAAAGAAGGAAGACGCCGAGUUGGCUCUCGCGAUCGAGCUGAGCAAGGGAGGCAAAUCGGGAAACGUUUAAGUUUUCUAAUCGACACGCUAUUUCUUUAUCUCGAUAUCACCGUAAGCCGUUUAUUUUGCAUGUGACGAAAUUUUUGCAUCUCAUAAUAAUGGCGUCGUAUAUGCUUACGCUGUCAUGCAUUAGCACGUAUAAAAAAGCAAAACGUAGGUGCAGAUUAUCACGUUGACAAUAAUAUCAAAUACAGAUAUUAAGAGUCUUCAAGGGGGAGCCGAAAUUAUUACGGACGAUGUAUUAAAUGUUCAGUUAAAUGUUCAUAGAAAAAGUAGCAGAAUUUCAUAUCUUCCAGUGUUUUCAGAAAUUUCGUUUUUAAAAAUAAGACGUUUAUUUUCCUGGUUUUUUUAAUAUAUAUAUAUUCUUUCUCGCGCCUUACUCCCCUACCGCUCCCACACUCUCUCAUAAUAUAUCGCUCUUGAUUAUCUGUUUUUGUAUAAAUUUGCGUUGUACUAGCAUUUAUUAUCGUCUCCAUUUGAGUGUAUUAUGCAAUUUAUUGAAUUACCGCUAUGGAUAUAUGAAUAAUAUUAAAUAGUAGUAUGAUAAGCGAGAGAUUCAUGUUGUAAAAGUUAUGCGAUUAAAAUACAAUAACUCAAAUAUAUCAUUAAAUAUAUUGUUAUGAAUAUGUAAACUUCUAUAUAUAAUAAUCGAAAUAAUGUUAUGAGAUUUUAAUCAACAUUCGCCACCGAUCGCUAGCUUGGCGUGAUGAAACGUCGAGUUCUCGUGCGUUUAACUACUUCAGCUGUUAAUAGCUUCAUGUAAAAAAAGAAAGAGAAGAGCAGAAAUAAAUAAGCAUAUAUUAUUCACGAAGCGUCAAGCUAAUGUCCACGACGUGUCAUCUGAUUCAGCUUUCGGUCGAAACGUUCCAAAGAAUAUGGUGUUCGGAGACAAAGUAUCUCUGUAUUCGUGCUUGGCAAAGGGACUCCAACAAAUCUUGAGACACAAAGAAUCACUAUCGUAAGCUGUGUUGUAGUACCACAUAAUUUCGAUGAUACCAACAACGACGUUAUAGUUCACAUAUAUAAUAUGUGUAUAUAUAUAUAAUUUCACAAUAUAUUCAAUCGUAAUCAUUUACAUUACGUAAGUUUUUAUUAUUACGUCAUAAUUACUUAAUAAGACGGCGCGUACGAGAGGAUUACAUGCGAAAACGAAUAUUAUCUUAAGAUGGAAAUAAACGUAAUAAUAAAAAAGCUUCUAUUACGUA